GUGAGAAACACAAACGGAGGUGAGUGAAACCUCUGGUUAUCGUGUCAGAGUGAGUGUGAUUGUUCUUUUCCAGACUGAGAUUGGGAAACAAGAGAGUUUGGUGACGAAGUCUGAUUGCGGUGAGAAUGACUGAGUUCGGUAGCUUUGCACAGGUAUGUAUCCCUAGAUUUGAUGGGGAUUAUGAUCAUUGGAGUUUGUUGAUGGAGAACUUGUUGAAAUCAAAAGAGUACUGGGGUGUGAUAUGUGAUGGCUUCGAAGAACCACCCGUUGAGGUCGAUCUUUCUGCAACUCAGGCUAAAGUCGUGGAGAAUCUGCGGCUAAAAGACUUGAAGGCUAAAAACUAUCUAUUCAGCAGCAUUGACAAGUCAAUUUUGAAGACCAUCACACGGAAGUCCACUUCGAAGGAAUUGUGGGAUUCCAUGAAGAUGAGGUAUCAUGGUAAUGAGAGGGUUAAACGUGCUCGUCUGCAGAUUCUCAGGAGAGACUUUGAAAUUCUGAAGAUGGAGUCUGGAGAAUCAAUCAAUGACUACUUCGGCAGGGUUAUGUUAGUGGUCAAUACCAUGAGAAACUAUGGAGAGCAGAUGAAUGAGGUGAAGAUUGUAGAAAAAAUAUUAAGAACUUUAACGGAAAAGUUCAAUUAUGUCGUUUGUUCCAUCGAGGAAUCAAAGGACAUAGAUACUUUGACUGUGGAUGCUUUGCAGAGUUCGUUGAUGGUUCAUGAACAAAGGCUUAGCAAGGGAAGGAUUGAGGAAGAACAUGCCUUGAAAGUGACUUAUCACAGUAAAAGAAAUCGAGGUGAAUACCACGACAGAAGAAGGGGUCUUGGCAGAUUAUGGAAUAGAGAGUCAGUGGAAUGCUUCAAGUGUCACAGGCUCGGUCAUUUUAGAGAUGAGUGUUCAGAAUGGGGGCAUGAAGCUCAAUGCUCUGGUGAUUAUACUAGUACUCGGGAAGACAUGAAAGAAAACAUGUUGUUGUUGACUUGUGUGAAGUCGGUAGAAGAGGAGUUGCAAACAAGCUUUGUGAGAUUUCACGAGACACAAACAGUGGAGAAAACAGAAACCCGGUGGUUCCUCGACUCAAGGUGCAGCCAUCAUAUGACAGGUAGUAAAAAUUGGUUCACUAGUCUUGAUUCCUCUUUCUCUUGUCCUGUAACGUUAGGGAAUGGAACUCGAUUGCAAGUGGCUGGAAAAGGGGUUAUUAGGCUAAAAAUUGAACACACGUCAGUUGUUAUUCAAGAGGCAUUUUAUGUGCCGGGGUUAAAAACGAAUUUGUUGAGUGUUGGCAAGAUGCAAGAAAAAGGUUUGACCUUCCUCAUCAAGGGUGGAGUUUGUAAGGUCUUUCAUGAUGAGAAAGGUCUUCUGUGGGAGACAGAGAUGAGGAAUAGGAUGUUUGCUUUCAACUCUGAGUUGGUUGAAUCAGAAGCAGCCAAUGAUGUGCAUUGCUUGUGCUUGCAAGUUCAUGAAGAUUACUUGAAUGAUGCUAAUGCGAAUGAAGGGCCUGAUGUCAUGGAACCUGGAAACCAAGGAAUUGUCAGUAGUAUUGGUGAUGAAAAUUUAGAUACUGCUAUUGUUACUUUAGAUCCGGAAACCAAGGAACUGGCUGAAACAAGUGUUUUGAAAUUUAUAAGGGAAGAGUACUCAGUUGUUGAGGCUGUUCAUGUUGAAAUGGAUUUGCCCGUGUUUGGAGUAGCGGUGGCAGGUGAUGUGGACGAAAGUAUGAUCUCUGGAAUUAAAGCAGCAGCAGAUGAGGUGGUUGUGGUCAAAGAGAUUGUGUCUCUGGAUAAAGUUUUUGAGAAGAUUGUUGGUGACGAGGAGGACUUGAUUCAGUUGGAUAAUCACAUGAGACACAGGACUAGUAUUGAGACAGAUGAUACUGAAAUGAAUCAAAUUGGAGGAGAGAUGGAUGUUUCUGGUUUAGAAAAUGAUGUUGUCAAGACUGCAGUGUUAAAUGGCAACCAAGAGAUCAGCACAAGAGAAAAUAACGUUGAAGAGAAAAUGAAAGUAGUGAUGGAAGAUGGAGUAAAUGGAGGAUCCGAUCAAACUAAGGGAGAUACUGCUGGUCACACUCUUGAUUUGAAAGAGAAUCACUCUCUUGAACAUACUUCUCAAGCCUAUGAACAUUUGGAAUAUGGUCGAGUCUAUGAGCGCAGAGACAGUGACGAAUCAAAUGUAAUAUAUGAUAAAUUUGCUGACCCUGGAAGCUUUGCAGCUGUUAGUGGCAUUUCUCAAAUGACAGGUUCAAGAGGAGUGGAUACUUGGUACCAACAAUUGGUUGUGGAAUCAUUUACAUGGUACUUGAAGAGCAUUCUUGGUCAUGGAAUCAUUUACAGCAGGGAAGCUCGGGAAAUAUGUUUGAAUGGCUAUACUAAUGGGCAUUAUGGUGAUGACAUGAAUAUGAGAAGCACAAACAAUCAUGUAUUCCAAGGAGUAGAGGUUGAAUUUGGGGCAUCCAACAAGCAAUUAUUGGCGAUUUUUAAUGAUUCUGAGUUUUUGGCUGCAAUUUAUUAUGCAGUAUAUUGCAGUUGGCUCAGAAUGAUCCACGAAGAUAUGAGAAGGCAUAAGAGAUUCAAAGUUGGAACAGGGAUACUAUGUGAUGAUAGCUCAAAACUUUCCAAGAAUGAUGGUACUCAUAAAGGAAGCACACACGUCAGAUUGAGGUUCCACUUCAUGAGUGUUCUAGCUAAAGAAAGAAUGGUGAAGCUGAAUAACUAUAGGGAAAAUGAAGAAACUGAUAGUAUUGUGAUAGUGAAUCUGGAGAUCUUUUCAGGAAAGCUUUAUGGUGAGCUUGGAGCUUGUGAACUGACAAAGUUCUUGGAAACUUAUGUGAAAGUGAUUCAUUUCUGCAAAGUGAUGAAACUUAGUGUUGUUGCUGCAAAAGACUUAAAGUUGUUGGUGUUAAUAUGUUGUUACUGCAAAGUCCCAACUUUGCGUACUGGAGAUAGUCAAAGGAAGCUUGGAGUGUAUGAAGCUAUUGGUACAAGUCUUGAGUUGUGAUGGCCGCGAUAUCAUUGAAGUUGCUGCUAUUAUUGUUAUUUGACAAAUGCUGUUGAAGUUCUUGGUGGCGAUAUGAUGUUUGCUGGAAUUGAAGAUACUGUGGAAGUGAACUGAAGCAAUCACCAGGCUUCAGUUCAGGGGAGGAUAAUGUUGGAUCAAAGUAGUUGGGUUGGGCCUUGUGUGUCUUUUAAGUCUAUUAGUGAAGCCUAGGAUUCGUUAAGCUUGUUACGUAAAUUUUGGGUCCAAAUAAUUUAGUUUACUUGGUCAAUGUUUACACCUGAGAGGUUUGUUAGCUGCUGCUGAAUUCUAGGAUUGUGGGAUAGAGUCGUGGUUUGAUUGUGAGAGGUGAGUACGAGAGAAACUGGUUGUAUUUAAUCAUUUGUUUUGUCUUUCAAUAAAAUUGGUCAGUUUGU